GCCCCCAAUUAUUUCCCCAAAUUUUGUUUUACACACAUAUCCUCUGAAACCCUUACUGAAACCCUAGAAACUCGGAUCUACUCUACGAUGGCGGACGAAGAGGUCAUGGGCUCCGUUAGCCCUGCUCCGUCCGAUCACAAGCGCAAGCUCGACGAUUUCGAUAGCGAAUCGUUCGAUCAACCGCCGGUGGUUGAUGGUGACGUUGAUGCUGCUGCUGCUGCUGCCGGUGGUGGUGGUACGGAGGAUGUUGACGUGAAACGACAGCGUAUUGAGGAGAAAAGUGAUGGUUUUGUAGAAGCUACGGGUAACGGGCACCAGGAGGAGAAGGCAGAUGAACCAACUGACGACAUUACUGAACCAUCAGAUGUGAUCAAGAAUACUGUGUUAGAAGAGGAUCAAGAAAAAGCCGAUGAACCUUCGGAUGAAGCGCAGAAGGCAUCUACUGAUGAGCCUUUGGAUGCAUUGAACAACGAAUCAGUAACUGAUGAAACACAUGAAAAGGAAGUGGACCCGGAAUCUGCUGAGAAUCUUGAAGAAGCAGCUAAGGUGGAGCAUCAGGGAUCUGGAGUAGAACAGCAGGAUCCAGCUACAGAUGUUGCUUCACAAGAUGACGCGUUUGGUUUUAAGGAGCAAUCUGCAUUCUCUGAUCAAUCUACAUCACGUAGAAUGGAGAUCCCAAGUAAUAAGGUUGGUGUGUUAAUUGGCAAGGCUGGAGAUACUAUACGAACCUUGCAACAUAGUUCGGGGGCAAGGAUUCAAAUCACACGUGAUGCUGAAGCUGACCCUAAUGCAGCCACAAGGCCUGUGCAAAUAUUAGGCUCUAUAGAGAGUAUAAACAAGGCGGAAAGACUUAUAAAAGAAGUUAUAGCAGAGGCUGAUGCUGGGGGCUCCCCGUCUUUGGUUGCUAGGGGUUUUUCUGUCCAUUCCUCUGGGAUCGGAGAACAAUAUCAUAUGCAAGUUCCAAAUGAUAAGGUUGGUGUAAUUAUUGGCAAAGGUGGAGAGACUAUAAAAAACCUGCAGACACGAUCUGGAGCACGCAUUCAGUUGAUUCCCCAACAUCUUCCGGAAGGUGACCAAUCUAAAGAAAGAUCUGUAAGAAUCACUGGUGAUAGGAAACAGAUUGAGAUGGCAAGAGAUAUGAUUAAGGAAGUUAUGGAUCAGCCGAUGAGGCCGUCAGGACCGCCAGGUGGUAACAAUCAACAAAACUUCCGUCCACGUGGAUCCAGUGGUAAUCAUUGGGGGCCCAGAGGCGGUCAUCCGUCACAGUCACCAGGGUAUAACAACUAUCCACCUCGAGGAAACUAUUCAUCUCAAAAUCCACCAUAUCCUUCUCAAGGUUACGGGAAUUAUCCACCUCAGCAACCGCCACCAAGAAACAAUUACGGUUGGGAUCAAAGACCACCAACUAACAAGCCGGGCCCACCAGAGCAAACCGGUUAUGACUACUACGGUGGGCCUGGCGGCCAUAUGGGUGCACCAUCUCCACAACCACCGCCGAUGCAUGGUCAUGGUCCCGCCAUGGGCCCACCUCCUUACAAUUAUGGACCACCUCAAGGUCCAGAUUACGGGCAGCAGCCACCUUAUCCACAGUCCGCACCACAGGGUUACGGUCAGGGUUAUGGUGAACCCAGGUAUGAUCAGCCGGGGCCCGGUCAACAUUCAUAUGGAGGUCAAGGGGGUCAACCACCGGCUUACCCGCAAGGUGGCCUUCCUACGCAUCCGGGGUACGGGCAGCCGGAUCAGUAUGGUAAACCAGGAGGAUACAAUAUGGUCAAUAUGCCACCGCAACAGGGACCUUAUGGUCAACCUUACGGUCAACCACCUCGGCCGCAAGGGCCACAACCAUACCCUGCAUCAAGUGGAUCAAUGCAGCAAGGUUAUCCUCAGUACAGUACGGCUCCGGUUAAUGAUGGUUAUGGUGGAGUGGCUCCUGGUGGUUAUGGUCAGCAAGGUGGUCAACCGGCUCCCGGGUAUGGUGGGCAGCAGCCGGCACCUGGGUAUGGUCAACCAGCACCCGCUGGUGGUCCGGGUUAUGGUCAGUACCCGGCUACACAACCUGGAUACAAUGAACAAGCGGCUCCGAACACUGCUGGUUAUGGUUACCAAGCACCGGCUGAUCCAGCUUACGGUGGUGGUCCAGGAAUGGCGGGUUAUGGUGCACCGCCACCUGUUCAGCCUGCUUAUUCUCAAACAGCUCCUGCUCCGGCACCUGCUCCCGCUCCAGCUCCGGCUCAAGCUCCCGUUCAGCCCGGGUAUGACCAGUCUGCUCCACAAACAGGUGGUUAUGCGGCUCCACAGCCCCAACCUCAGGCGCAGCCACAACCGGGUUAUGGUCAGUAUGAUAAUAGUCAGAUGUAUGCGGGUCAUCGUUGAUUAGUUAGUGUUGUUUUUAGUGCGGGUUUUAUUAGUGUUUUUGUUGAAUUUGAUGUUUUAAAUGCGGAUUUUAAGUUAUGGAUGCUGCAUGUCAUGUGGCUUCAUUUUCA